AUGGGAAGACUGCACAUCGGCUUGAAACGGAGUUACAUUGUCGUGCUAAGUCUGACAGGGAUCAUCAGUUUGCUGCUCCUAGGACUCACUCUUUUAUCUCAUGGAAACAUUCACCAACAGGAUAAGGCAGAAUACGCACUCAGUGGCAUAUAUUUUAUGUACAUUAUUUCUGUUGUAAUUAUUGCCUUGACCAUCUUUGGUGCCUUUGGUGUCUGGAAAGAGAAGAAGUGGGCUCUAACAGUGUUUGUAGUUGGAAUGAUUCUGAGCAGUCUCCUCAUGUUGGUGGUAAAUAUUACAGGACUGGUUGCACAGCCUAAGUUAGCUGAAAACACGGAGAAGCAUUACCGGAACCUUUUGCCGCUGGUUAAUGCUACUCAAGACCUCAAUAAGCUACAGACAGAAUUGAUGUGUUGUGGAAUUGAGGGCUACCAGGACUGGAAGUCCAACAUCCCAGAAUCCUGCCUGUGCACCGAUGAGGCCAUUAACCCAUGUGUGGCAGCUCCUAGGAACAGCAGCCUGUUUAAGGGCCAGAAGGAUGACCUGCAUGUCAUGAUUUAUGAAAAGGGAUGCCUUAUGUACUUAAUCAAGGCCAUGAAGAGUGCAUUUAGGAUGCUGUUUGGCAUGACGCUGGGAUUCUUGUUAUUGUGGGUGUUGUCCAUCGUGUUAUGUAUUGCCAUUUUGUGCCAGCUUGAUCGUAAUAAAGACAACAGUGCAGUGAACUAAAGUGCAGAGGCAAAAGCAGGAAACUACACCUCCCUCACAGAGCUGCUUCUUCCUGAUGUCUUUGCUUGUUUCUGAUGCUCCCAGCAGUGAUGUCCAUAAUGUCAGCAUAUUAAGCAAAGUUAAGACAAACCUUUGAG